AUGCGCGCGCAGUGGACGCGAUCGUGCGACGCCGAGCACGCGGCGAGCUGCCGCCCGCCCGUGGAGUGGAUCGACCAGACGGAUGGCCGAUUGUUACCCGAACGCGCGCGGAGCGUGUUCAGGCAAGUCUUGGAGGGGCUCGACUACGCGCACUCCCGAGGGAUCUGCCACCGAAACCUCCACGCUGGACACGUGCUCCUCGACCCGCGCGCGAAUGACGGCGAGGGGCGAGCGGUCAUCGCGUCCUGGGCGUCCUCGCGAAAGAACCAGUGGCCGGUCGGGAACCAGUCGCCGCUGCGGACGUGCACGUACGGGACCGGCGUCGACGUGUGGGCCGCCGGGUGCGUCUUCGCGGAGUUACUCCUGGGCCACUCGCUGUUCAAUAAGUUUGCCUACGCGGACGGCGCGCAGACGCUAGACCAGCUCCUGUGCGUGUUCAAAUUGUUCGGGACGCCGACGGAGGAGACGUGGCCGGACGCGAUGUCGUACCGAGGGUGGUCCCCGGACGCGUAUCCGAAGUGGACGCCCGCGCCGUUGAGCACGGUGUUUCCGAACAUCGGCGCGUGCGCCGCGGAUCUGUUGUGGCGGCUCAUGGCGUUGGAUCCGUCCAAGAGGAUCACCGCGCGACGGGCGUUGAAGCACCCGUACUUCACGCGCCCGGAUUUAGAC